AUGCGACUCUCGUCGAUCAUCGCCGCUACUCUUCUGGCCCAGUCGACCUUCGCCAGCCCAGUGUUCUCAGAUGACCCACAUGCCCCUACCACGGUGGCGGGGAAUCAGGUCGCCUCAGACCUUCGCGACCCGGACAAAAUCAACUUCGAAAUCACUGAGAAGAUGUGCAAGCGAAUGUGUCUCAAGAAGCAUCGUUGGAAGUGGGGAAAGGAACAGUUCUGCGAUGCCGAAUGCAAAGACCCGAUUAAGCGACAACAAAUGGCUUUGUAG